GAACGGCUGUAACCGUGUCCAUGGCAACGCAGUCAGAAGUUCCAAACAGUCAGUGCUGUACCGUAACGUUACAUAACGUUAGUUUCUCGAUCUGCUCCUAAAAUGUAUUCAGAAAAUGUUCUCAUGAGUAACGAUCUUCCAUCGACAACAUCUGGGUACCAAGGAAUAGAUGGCCAGAUCUCCCAGAUCCCAGGACUGUCCCCGACCAUCAGCACUCUUCCUGAAGAGAGGGCCCGAGGGCGGAGGGCCGGAGUCCUAGAGAGUGAUUCUGACUAUGUCAAGCUUGCAAAACAAGGAGGGCAUAAGGGACUUUUGUGGCACGAGGAAACAAGAACUUCUAAACCUGAUGCAUACAAACCUCCAGGCAGGUUCUGCACUGGAUCAGGAGACGACGAAAAACCAAGUCUAAUUAACAGUGAAGAGAAGAAAAACCCUGGAGCUUUUCAACAGCGAGAGCCCCCCUUUGGGACGGACAAUAUGUCAGCCUGGGAGAGGGAUGAUAGCAGCAGCAAUGCCAAAGAGAAGAACAACAAUGUUCAUUACAGCCAGACGGAGAAAUUGCAGCCAUCCGAUCAAUAUUAUGAGACCAGCAAAUUCAAGAGGAUAGUAUAUGACAAGAAUCCAGCCCCUGUCGACAUGUCUAAGCUGUUGAGCUUUGGUUAUGCAGAUGAGAACAAGCCAAUAGACAACACUGAUUUGUCAAAUUAGAAGACUGCCAGUGCCGCGG